CUUGUUUCGGUCAAUGUCUUACUUUUGUAUACUGAUCCCCUCCUGUACUAUAAGCAUAUGGUUGUUCUUGUAGUUUUAUCGUUCUCUAUUGACGUAGGAUAACAUGAUGCCAAUAAGCGAGUUUGACAGCAGGGAGGCUGGGAGGGGGUGGUAAACGCUGCUCGCUGUAGUUCUAGUUAACUGCCUGUCUGCUUCAUUUGUCCUGUUGGGCAAUAUGUCGUUCACAAGAGGCAAUGAUGAGUAUACGGAAUACCUAAGUAAUGGAUUCUCAACCUUAUGGGAAUAUGGCCAUGAAUUUGCUGUCAGAGGCCCCAGAGCUACAGCAUAUGACCCAUCCUGAAGCUAUUACACCACCGCCCAAAGCUCCCAUAGAGAAACAGGCCAUAGUUAACCAAGAUUCAGAGCCCUGUCUUUCAGUGGAGGUAAUUGUUGAGCAGAAGGAGGAAGGGGAUGCAGAAGAUGAUGAAGGGGUGCUAGAACUGGAUGAACAACCAAAGAAACGAGCAAGACGUGGCAGAACAAAGAUAAAGAAAAAAGGUAGAACAAAAAGGAAUGUGGCUCAUGGUGAAGCACAGGUAGCGAUAGCUUUCAACUUCAUGAGAAAGAGACGCCAGGACCUGACACUCGGUGCUAAAGUGAAGGUCCUUGAAAUGCUUGACCAUGAACCCAAAGUACCACAAGGUAAAAUCGCCUCCAUGUUUCGUGUAAGUCAGAGCCAGGUUUCUCGGAUCAUGAAGAACAAGGAAUCCAUUAUGUCACAGUGGAACAGGUUUGCCACUCCUGAUCGAAAACGUUGCAGACUUGGUAAAGCUGGUGCAUUGGAACAAAAAUUGGUUGACUGGUAUAAGGAAGCAAAAAAGGAAGACUUACCCAUAUCUGGGCCUAUUCUUAUGGAAAAGGCAAAGUCAAUUGGUAAUGAGAUGGGAAUAGAAUUUAAACCUUCAGCUGGAUGGCUUGGAAGAUGGAAAGAUAGAAAUGGAGUAACUCUUAAAAGAUUUAAAGACAAAGAUGGAGCUCCAUCAGUCACAAAAGUUGGAAACCACUGGAGAAGAUACAUGUUUACCAAAGCAACUAAAGAAUACACUCUUCAGAAUGUAUGGGUUGUUGAUGAAAUUCCUCUAACUUAUAAUUCCCUACCAGAAUAUAUGGUACAAGGAACUUCAAAUGGAAGUGAUAGGUUGUAUGUUAUAUUAGCAUGCAAUCUAGCUGGUACUGACCGUAGACCCGUAGAAGUGAUUGGCAAAACUCAGUCACUUAAUUCCCUUACUCUUCCAGUGCCUUUCCAUCAUCAUCCCAAAGCUGCUAUUACAAUAGAGUUCUUUUCCUCUUGGCUACGGGAAUGGGACCGUGAACUGCGUUCAAAGAGAACUAAAAUAAUAGUGUUGUUGAAUAAAGCAGCCCAUCAUCCAGAAAAUCUACAUCUUUUCAACAUUAAUGUAACAUUCUUCCCCCCAGGUACAGCAACAGUUUUGCAGCCAUUAAGGCUGGGGAUCAUCCACACUUUUAAGGCCUUGUAUAGACACCAACAAGUUACUUAUGUUAUGUCAAAGGCACAGGCAAAUGAUCAAAUGAAUCAUACAAAUAUGUUUAACCACAGCAUUUUGAAGCCACCAUUACUGGCUCAAAAUUUAUCUGUUUUGGAUGCUGUUUUUAUGAUUUACAAAGCUUGGAAACAUGUUAGUCCUGAAACCAUAGUGAAAGGAGUAGUGAAAGCUGGACUUAGUAAAGAUGUAGAUGCCUUGAAUGUUAAUGACCAGGUUAAUGCUCCUAUUGGGAUUAGCCAACAAGACUUUGAUGCAUUUGUAUUGUCUGAUGAUGGACUAAAUAUUGAUGAACAUGAGGAAGCACCAACCCAAACCUUGAACUCGCAUGCAGGAAUGAUCACUAACAUUGUUCAGUAUCCACAUUAUUCAAAUGUGUUUAAUAAUCCAAACAUUAAAAACCAGCAACCUAACCAACAUAUCGAAUCUAUAGUAGAAAAUGUUCCUACUCCACCAAAGGCAUGUGAAGCAGUUUUUGCAUGCCACGUUCUGAGGCAAUAUUUACAGCACCAAGCUGGGCGAUUAUUUGAUGAAUUUUCAGAACUGGAGUCAGCUAUUCAUCAUGAUAUGAUCCUGGAAACGAGGCCUGACUUGAGAAGUGAAUUCCAAUCUGACCCCUUACAUGAUCCAAGUUCUGUUCAUAGCUUAUUAGCACAACAGGUGGCCCAUGAGCAAAAGCUGGACUACAUUCAAAAGGUGCAAGAUGAACUUCAACAGCAAAAAAUUAAAAAAGAAAUGAAGAAGGCAGCACAGUCACCGGCACCAUCUCAGAAUUCACACAGUACCCUCUCCACACCAACACAAGGGGUCAGAACAAAUAUGCAUAAUCAACUUUUAGGGAUGCAACGACAUGAUAUGCAUGGUCAGGAGUUGGCGAGACAAGAAAUAGCAAGACCAGAGUUUGAGCAUCCCAUGCAAAGGCAAGAGCUGCUACGCCAAGAUGUGAUAAGACCAGAAUACCGACAGGAAGUUCCUCAGGAUAACUCUCGAACAUCACUUGUAGAAUUAAGGGCUGUAAAGAUGUCAAACUUUAGACCUGUCCAUCCAGAUGGUGGAAAUGAGGGCAGGAAUGACAUAAAAACUGAUCCAUUGGCAAUACCAGCGGAUUUACGCAAUCUUCCUGUAACUAAUCACCAUACGGGGGCUGAACUGCAUCACCAGGGAAUCCCAACAAACAUGACACAGAACCUACGGCAGCCAGAUACAAGAUUGGAAAACCCCGGAGUACCUUAUUACACAAUACCAAAUCCUCUACAUCAUUACAUGCAGCCAAAAUGAUGCUUUAUGGACACUUUAGUAUAUAUUGUACAGGUAUCAUAAUUUUCAUUUUGUUAAGUGUAUCAUCCUACAAAAUAUUUACAAUGAUCAGUGAUGUUGACUGUCAAGUACAAAUUUUGUUGAAAAAAUUCGCAGCUACAUUGCAUGAAUAAUGCAUGUUGAUAUAUACUGUAGAUAAAAAUUUUAAACAAAACACAUGUAUAUUUUUGUAAGUUGUGCCAUGGUGUUUUUCUUAUUUCCAGAGUUGUAAAGUAACAAAAUAAAUUUACUUGAGUACUGUACUCAAGUACCGGGUAACAUUUUUGGGUAUUUUUAAAAAGUACGGGUAUACGUACUCAAAUUUUUUAGUACAGUACUUUUACUUAAAUAUGAUUUGCUAAUAGUUUUACUUAAAUAUGAUUUGCUGAUAGUUUUACUUAAAUAUGAUUUGCUAAUAGUUUUACUUAAAUAUGAUUUGCUAAUACUUUUACUCUUAAUAUAAUUAAAAACAAAAAUCAUUACUCAUUACAUGCCCCAAACAAAGAGUUUUUAUGUCUGUGACAAACUAAUAAUAAUUUUUUUUUUAAUUUUUAUUAAUUAAUUAUUAACCAUAGUAAAUGAGUUGCCUGGGUGGAGCCGUGAAGGGUAAGGUGUGGGUGUAGGAAGACACCACAAGGUCACAUACCUAGAGGUCUCGUGAGGUGACAUGAGGUCAGGUCAGGUCAGGUCAAGUGGCAGUGGCCAUGACAGCAGACUUUCCCUUUGAUCUUGUGUCCAUUAGCACCUUGACCACGCACCUCACCUAGCCUAUCCUCUUAUCCUCCAUUGAAUCCACUCUCUUCUCCCCCAUCUUUCCUUCAGGGGCUUGGUCUUCCCAUUAGAUGUCAGUUGCUCGUUGUAAAUACCUGUACCAAAAAUGAAUUUCAAAGCGGCUGUGAUUCUAAAAUGCUUCACAUAAUUCCAUCUUAGAUGUAAAGCCUGUAUCUAUACAUAUGUGCCAGACUGAGUGUAUUUAAAAUUCUGCUUAAAUAACUAAGUAGCACUGCCCCUCCUCCCAGUACCCAUCAAAUGUUACAUGGUGUGAAAAAUUCAGCUACUCAUUAGUUAGAAUUGAAAAGUGACAUCACGACAGUCACACCCCAAUUAGAGGGACAGUUCACUGUGAGUCUUAGUCAGAAUCAGUCACUCUAGAGGCAACAUUCAUCCACAAACUCCUCAACUGAAGGAGCUACUGAGGUCUUUCCCGACAUUAUGUGACGGCAGACCUAGUCACAAGACCAUGUGGCCAGACACUAAUACAUUGGUACUCAUCUCGCAGGACAUGCUAUGACUUAUGAUAUAGAGACAAUAUUGAUAUGAUUUGAGGACAAUAGGAGUUAGAACCCACCAAAGUGUGGGAAGCGUACAAGAAUUAAAUUAAAUUAUUACGAAUAAGUAGGUGGUGACAAAUAGUGGUUAGUGACUCGUUCUGUGCUAGGAGGUCCCUGACAUUGGGACAGUCAAGGCAAAUAGUGUUGAAGGGUGUUAGUGCUGGGGCAGAUACAGAGUUUACAGGAAGAGAAGUCCGGGUCAUCCUACACCUCAGAUACAUGCCAGAUAGGUUUGUAUCCUAAUCUAAUGCGAGCAGAGACAACAGUCUACGGACCAUAAGUCCACAUCGACGAAACUUGUAUGGAUAAGGAAGAAAGUGAUCGUAGUGUUGGAUGGAUAUAUUUUCAGCCUGUUCACUAUCCCUGCGAUGGAUUGUAGGAAGAAGAGCGGCUGAACAUAUCUCUUUUAAUAGGUUAUGCUGGGCUUAUAUUUAGGCCUAAAAGAUCCUGAUUAGACAGCCAUAAUUUUGAGAAUCAGUUGUUGAUUAAUCUCAAUAUAAAUAUUUGCAAAAAGCAUGUGUAAUGCUGUCUUUUAUUUUUAUCUUUACUUAACUAGUUUUUUGUAAUUUACAGUGGAUUUUAAUAUUUGAGACAAUUAAUAAUUUUCUUGUUACUUUUUUUACUUUCAGUACUUGAGUACGUACUUUAUGAAUGAGAUACUUUUUUACUUCUACUCGAGUACAUUGAUCUUUGGAUAUUUUUACUUCUACUUGAGUAAUAUUUUGCCAAUGUAACAAUACUUUUACUUAAGUAUCAAAGUCCUGUACUUUUAACAACUCUGCUUAUAUCUAAUGUGACAAAUCACCAAUGUAUUUAAUUCUUUUAUAUGAAAUAAGAAAUAGCUCUCUGUGUUUGUAUAUUAUAAGAGCCUUCUAUUUUAAACUACUUCUGUAUUGAGGAUUUCCAUAUCAGUAUUCAUGUAAGUUUUUACAUAGCCAUUAAGAGCAAAGCCAAGUCACAUCCUAGAAAGGACUUCGGGUACAGUUCUAUAGUUCUGUAUAUAAAAUGUACCUAACA